UGCUGAUCCCUCGGAGCCUUGACGUCAGCGCUGUCUCCGGUGCGCGGCGGCAGCGGUGGCAUAGGCGCAUAGCCGUGCAGCGCGCAACGCAGGCGGCUGCGGCGGCACCACCACCACCACCACCAGCAGCAGUAGCAGCAGCAGCAGCAACAACACUAGACUUCCCCGCCCGACUUUCGCAUAUACAUCCACACACCUUUGGAAGGAGUACAUCCACACACACAUCGGCAUCCUCCCCGGGUUUUUAACCGGUCUCCCCCCUCUUCGACUCUCCAGCCGCGCCAUGUCGUCUGCUGUCACCGAGACGGAGGAGUCGGCGCGCAGCUCCCCGCUGACGCCGCUGAAGCUGGUCGGGCUGGUGUGCGUCUUCUUGGCGCUCUGCUUGGAUGUGGGAGCCGUGAUGAGCCCGGCGUGGGUGACUGCCGACGACCAGUACUACCUGUCCCUGUGGGAGUCAUGCUGGAAGCCGGCGAGCACCGAGAACUGGCAGUGCAGCAGCACGCUGGGUUCAGACUGGCAGGUUGCUACGCUGGCCCUAUUGCUAGGAGGUGGAGCCCUGGUGCUGAUGUCAUUCCUGGUUGCUCUAGUUGCCGUGUGCAUCGGCACGAGACGGCGAUUCUACGCACCCGUCGCCUUUAUGCUCUUUGCUGCAGUUGUCCUCCAGGCCUGCAGCUUGGUCCUCUACCCCAUCAAGUUCAUCGAGAGCAUCAACCUGAGAAUCUACCACGAGUUCAACUGGGGCUACGGCCUGGCCUGGGGAGGAACCAUCUUCUCCUUCGGUGGGGGAAUCCUCUACUGCCUCAACCCCAAAAACUACGAGGAGUAUUACUAGCUCUAAUGCGAGCCGAGAACCCGUCACGUUGGUAGAGGUAGUCAGAAGACAAGCAAGGUUGUUUUUUUUCGUAACCGCUCAAUUCCCAAGAACUGUAAGUAUAAAGUAGACCCGGGGGAAAUUCAAGGGGUGAAGCUGGCGGUCGGGGGAUUUGUUUUCUUGCCUCAAAUAACAGAUGUGAGUGCUGAGGCUGCAUAUUUGAACUUACAGCCCUAACGUCACCAAGUUGGUCCUGGGGAGGGGUUAGUGGGUGGGAAGGAGUCUUACCAGUUUAAUCCUAGGACUUGUGACACAGGGUAGAACUGACAACCCUGUAGUAACAAAGGAUGGAGGUUUAUGGUGAUGAUCGCACCUCUGUUCUUUCUUCCCUGUGAACUAAACUGCAAGUCACUACUAACAAACCAACUUAUUGACUCUUUUACUUUGGAAUCAGGAUGUCACACUGGGAGGCUUUUACCACACGUUUACGCACGCAUGCACAUGCAAAGACACGUGUAUCUUCAUCUGUCAACAUUAAAUCCUCGGGCUGGGCUUCAGCAAUCUACCCCCAGAGUCCUACUCCAUCAGUGCAUCAUUAUGGCAUUUUGUUUUUCAGAGUCCUCUGGAGCUCUUAAACUUUCACAAGGACAUAAAAGAGGAUCAGACGCUACAGUUGCUGUUCAUAACUUUUAAUAAGACAGAUAGAUUCCUCAUGGGCCGGAGGUAAGAGGGGGGAAUAAAAUAAAGACACCCGCUCAAUAUUCUUUUAUCGACCCAUUUGUCUGUUACCGUGGCAACCCGCAGGGUGUGCACAUGCAGCUGUCAUGAUUGAUUAGCAACGGUCGGAGGUGUGAGACGGGACUGCGCUUAGCAGCCUUCAAGGGUCUGCUAAAUUUCGAUUCCCAAUGAGCCAAAUUUUUCCGCACUGUGAUUUUUGGAGAAUCCUUCCUUCUCUGGUCCAACUUAUCUACAUCCUGUUUGUCGAUGGGUGUGUUCGCUAUACACACUACAGACAGUUACAGUCUCUCAGUGGGCUUACAUGAGCAUGAAUAGUUUAGGUAAGUUAGGAUCUGCAUUCUGAGUGUAAUCAUAUGAUUAUGCACAGAGCUGAGGAACGUAAAAAACACAAAAACACCUAUGGAGAACUAUGACUUAAUUAGACACCCCUUGGGUCAUGUACACCUAUGUCUCAUUUCAUAAACUUAAGUAGCCAGCUCAGGUGGAGGUGAAAGGGAAGCUUUAGCUGUUUUUUGCAUUAUGUUUUGGUAAAAGAGAUGCAUAGGUGGCAUCAGCAAUAUUUUAGUCAGAAAUCACUUCAUAAUCUAAAAAAAGGAUACCUAACUAAUGAUAACAAAAUAAAUUAAAGGACACAAUUAGACAUUCACCUAACUCUCAGUAUGAAGAAUCAAUGCAUUAAUAUGUACAUGUAAACAUGACCACUGUAGCUAAAUAUUUUUAAACCAGAUCAUUGUAUCUACUGAUAAAAUAAGGCCAUGUUUCAUUAACAUCAGACUGCUGUUUCCUUGUCUACAGUAAAUGUCAGGGAUCAGCCCUGCAC